AUGGCACACAUCUUUUCCUACACAGUUUUUGUAAUCGUCUCAACGUGCCUUUUUCAAUGUGCACGUGCAGAAAAUGCAAAUCCUCAGUCUGGGUAUUUUAAAGUUGCAUGUGGCAAUAACAAAUACUGUUCAUCAUGGCAGAAAAACGGUUUCUGUACAAAUGCUUUCUAUCCAACUGAAUUCAUAGAACAAUGGUGCGGAGAACCAUGCGGCUUGUGCAAUAUAACCGUACCUUAA